AUGGGUUUCAAGCGCCGUCGCGAACCUCACAAUGUCGACGUGAAGCUGGUGGAGCUUUACGAAGACCUCGCCAGCGAAAAAGAUGAGAUCCGACUGAAGGCCGCUUCGGGGCUUGUAUCCCAAUUCACCCCGGACCAAGACCCCGCCGAUGAGAAAAUUAAAAAGGUGCUAGCGAGACUCUUCCGUGGUCUCUGCAGCAGCCGCAAAGCAGCUCGCAUCGGCUUCUCGAUCGCCUUGACCGAGAUCCUUACACAAGUCUUCACUGUACCAAGGGAGACUGAACGAUUCAGCUUCGCCGAUGCCCUUAAAUUGUGGGAGGCUCAGUCGAACUCCUCCGGUAGUGAAUCUGGACAGGAACAACGCGAUCAUCUUUUCGGUCGGCUAUUUGGUGCCGAAGCCGUUAUCAAGUCUUCCGUCCUUUUCCAGUCCACCGUCCCCUUCGAGCACUGGACACAAGUCAUCGACCUCAUUUUCGAUCUCGCACAGAAGAAACCAUGGAUCCGCGAGGAGUGUGGCUGGAUCGUAUACCAGUGCGUGUAUGACUUAGCCGCCCGCAAGAUGGAUAACAAGUACAUCGAGGCUGCGUUGGAACGUCUCUGCUCGCACGACCUCGCUCGGUCGCCCGAGGGUAUCUCUAUCUGGUUGGCCGCGAAGGACAUGUUCCCCGAAGCUACCUUCCCCAGCAAGGUCUGGAAGCACGACGAUCCCCUCGACACCAAGGAGCGCAGCAGUCUGUCGAAGAUCAUGAAGGAGUCCGGCGCGGGCGCAAGUGAGAGCGAGAACAAGACGAAUACCGCGAAGUCUUCUGGUGUCUGGAACUCCAAGCUGCACUUCGCUUGGGAAGCUGUUAUGUUGCGGACUAGCUCUGAGUCGAAGGAGAAGUCGAAGAAGUCUCGCAUGAGCUUUGCUGAUUUCUGGACCGAGGUUGUGGACAAUGGACUUUUUGCUGCUGCCUCAUCCGAAGAGCGCAAGUACUGGGGUUUCCUUCUUUUCUCUAGACUCAUCAACGAUGGCGCUGCCCAGCAGGCCUCCCAAACCUUCACAAAGAACCUCAUGCGCUGUCUGGUCAACCAACUUGCUGUCGAGGACCGAUACCUCCACCGCAUGGCCGUCAAGACAGCCAAGGCCAUCCAGGCCCGCGUUGCCAAGGAGCCCUCAUUCGCAGCAGUGGCUAUUCGUGGCUUGAUGGGAACCAGCGGCACACUCAACUUCGACCAGGCCACCAAGACCAAGACCGUCGAGAAGAUCGUGGCCGAGGCCAACCACGAAGCUCUGGAGGAGAUCGUUCCCUUCUUCGAAAAGCUUAUCCAAAACCCUGGAUCAACCGAGGAGAAAAUCUCCGCCACAAACCGCCAGUUCGUUGCUGGUCUUCUGCUCUCAAUCGUGCGCUCAAAGGCAUCUGCCGCCGAAGAUGAUGCCGAAGAUCUCCAAGCUAGCCUUGAGCAGAUCUUGUCUAUCUUCGUGCGCUUCGCAUACUUCAAUAAUACCGCCAAGGGCUCAUCUGCCCCAGAACCUGCCCUCUCGUCUGCGACGCAAGAGAUGCUGCGCAACCGCAUCAACUCUUGCCUGAACAGUCUCAUCUCUAACCAGAAAUUCGCCGCUACUCUCCCCUAUGCGGUGGUGAAGCAGAUUCGCGAUGCGGCGAAGUCUGGCGAAUUCGGAAAAUUCAUCAUCGAAAUCGAUGAUAAGCUGCAGGAGUCUGUCAAGGCUGCUUUCAAAUCUCUCAAGAAGCUUGCUUCAAAGGAAAAGAAGGAAAAGGGCAUGGCUGCGUUCAAGCUGCUUUACUCCUUGACUCUUAUGCAAGUAUACAACGGAGAUGCCGACGCAGUUUCCAUGCUGGAUGAGCUUGAGUUCUGCACCACCAAAUUCCUUGGCGACAAGGAGUCCAAGGAAGAUGCCGGCGACGCAUCUGAUGCGCUUGUUGAGAUCCUUCUCAGUUUCGCAUCUAAGCAAUCACAGCUCUUCCGUCGUAUGAGUGAGCAAGUCUUUGGCGCAUUUGCCAACCAAAUCACCGAGAAUGGUCUGGAGUCCUUGAUCUCAAUCCUCGAAGCCAAGGAGAGUCUGGCUGGACAACAAGAGAUGUUCGACGAGGACGAGGGCGAGGGCGAUGAAGAGGAAGGCUCUGAUGCCGAGAUGAUGGAUGUUGAUGAGGAUGAACUCGACAGCGAUGUCGAGGUCGUCGAGGCAGGUGAUGACAAGUCCGAAUCCGACUCAGACGAUGACGAGGAAGAGGAAGAAGAAGAAGACGAAGAAAACGCACUAGAAGUUGCCGCCUUCGAAGCUAAAUUAGCCGAAGCCCUUGGCCAACACGGCGCCGACGGCGAAGGUGAAGAUUCCGACGCAGACAUGAACGACGACGAAAUGGACGAGCUCGACGACAAGCUGGUCCAAGUAUUCAAGGCACGUCAGCAACAAUCAUCGCAACGCAAAGACAAGAAAGACGCCCGUGAGAACAUGGUCAACUUCAAGAACCGUGUUCUGGAUCUCCUUGAGAUCUUUGUGAAAAAGAGCCACUCCCGUCUGUUGGCGCUCGACCUUCUCCUUCCUCUCCUACGCCUCUCGCGCCGCUCAAGCGUGAAGCAAGUCGCGACCAAGGCAAACAAUGUCCUUCGCGAAUACACAAAGGCCUGCAAGGGCAAUUCUUUGCCUAAGCUCGAGGACCAGGAACAAGUUGAUGCGCUUUGGGAGCUUUUGAAGUCUGUUCACAAGGAGGCGAGUCACAGUGGACCUAUGGGACAUGCGAAUGCCUGUAGUCAGGCUAGUUUGCUCGUCACUAAGGUUCUCGUUGCUCAUGAUAAGGAUGCUAUUGCGGGUGUGGUGGAUGUCUACGCUGCUACUCGCAAGGAUCAGCUUAUGAGCACCAAGUGCCAUGUGCAGCCUUCAUUCUUCUCCGAGUGGAACAACUGGUGUGUCUCUGCCAGUAAGCAAUUGAAGUGA